GUCAGAACUGGCAGGAGUAUCCGUGGAUUCUGUUUGCCACCACACUGCAGCCGUGGAGAGAGGAGAGCUGUAGAGAAGCUCUCUGUGCAAGCUUUGGGUGCUCUGGCUGGGGAUCUCAAAGGGAAAUACUAUGCCUUAAAGAACAUGACAGAGGCAGAGCAGCAGCAGCUUCGAUGACCACUUCCUGUUCGACAAGCCUGUGUCUCCUCUGCUGUUAGCCUCAGGAAUGGCUCGUGAUUGGCCUGAUGCCAGAGGCAUCUGGCACAAUGACAGCAAGACAUUCCUUGUGUGGGUGAAUGAGGAAGACCAUCUACGUGUCAUCUCCAUGCAGAAAGGUGGCAAAAUGCAGGAAGUCUUCACCCGUUUCUGCAUAGGUCUUACUAAGAUUGAGGAGUUGUUCAGAAACAAGGGUCAUGCAUUUAUGUGGAAUGAGCAUCUUGGUUACGUCCUCACUUGUCCAUCCAACCUCGGAACAGGGCUGCGUGCAGGAGUACAUGUCAAACUCCCCAACCUCAGCAAAUACCGGCAGUUUGAGGAGAUCCUCAAGAGAUUGAGGCUGCAGAAACGUGGAACAGGUGGUGUGGACACUGCUGCAGUUGGUGGUGUUUUUGACAUCUCUAACGCCGACCGUCUGGGCUUCUCUGAGGUGGAGCUGGUGCAGAUGGUGGUGGAUGGAGUCAAACUGCUGAUAGAGAUGGAGAAACGACUGGAGAAAGGCCAGUCUGUAGAUGACCUGAUGCCUGCUCAAAAGUAGACCACACUUUAACCUCACUUCACACAUUUUUCUCUGUUUUAACCUCCCCUUUGUUAAUUCUUUGACUGAAUGUUUGCUAACUUCUUUGUUUGCUAAAGUCUUCAUAAAGUUUCUGCUCUGAGAUCUUAAUAUGUUCGUUAUAGAUAUAGAGAAUAAAAUAAAAAAAGCAGAGAAUAAAAUUGAGCCCUUGUUGACCAGA